AUGAAGUUCACCAGCAUUGCUCUCCUCGCUGCCGCGGCUGGAUCCGCGGCUGCAGCCCCAACCAAGAGCCAUGCAAAGCGAGCUUCGCCAUUCAAAUGGUUUGGAGCAAGCGAGUCCGGUGCCGAAUUUGGAGAGGGAAACCUUCCCGGUGUCUAUGGAACUGACUACAUCUUCCCCGACACCAAUGCUAUCCAAACAUUGAAAGGAAAGGGCAUGAACAUCUUCCGGGUGCCUUUCUUGAUGGAGCGUUUGGUGCCAGACUCCCUGGCUGGGUCGUUCGACAGUGCCUAUCUGGCCAAUCUGACUUCGGUCGUCAAAUCUAUCACCGAUUCGGGAGCCCAUGCCGUCCUUGAUCCGCACAACUAUGGCAGAUACAACGGCAACAUCAUCUCAAGCACCGACAACUUCAAGACCUUCUGGCAAAAUGUCGCCGGCGAGUUCGCAUCGAAUGACCUAGUCAUCUUCGACACAAACAACGAAUACCACGACAUGGAUCAAACCCUAGUGUUAAACCUAAACCAAGCCGCCAUAAAUGGCAUCCGCGCCGCAGGAGCAACAAGCCAAUACAUCUUUGUGGAAGGAAACAGCUAUACAGGCGCCUGGACCUGGACCGACGUGAACGAUAACCUCAAGGACCUGACCGAUCCCCAAGACAAAAUUGUCUAUGAGAUGCACCAGUACCUCGACUCCGAUGGAUCGGGAACAAGCGAGACCUGCGUGUCGACUACCAUUGGAAAGGAGCGCGUGACUGAUGCCACGCAGUGGUUGAAGGAUAACAAUAAGGUCGGCGUUCUUGGUGAAUUUGCUGGAGGUGUGAAUGAUCAGUGUAAGACUGCUGUUACUGGUAUGCUUGAUUAUAUGGGUGAGAACUCUGGUGUUUGGAUGGGUGCUUUGUGGUGGGCUGCUGGGCCUUGGUGGGGGGAUUAUAUCUUUAGUUUGGAGCCUACUAGUGGAACGGCUUAUACUGGGAUGAUGUCGACUUUGGAGCCGUAUUUGGUCUGA